AUGACGGGCCGAGAAUCGAAUCGCAUUAAGGAUGCAGAGAAGAAACGUGUGCUGGAUGCCGCCGCUCGGCAGAGACGGGCUCGCAAAGCGCUCGAGGCAUUGGAGCAAGACAACUUCCACGAUGACCCGCACGCAGAUCUGGUCAUGUCCAAAAAGCUACCUAAAUUCCAGGACAGUGUAAAGAACGCCAAGGAGAAGAAAGGCAAGCGGAAGGGUGCCGAGUACUGGGCCAAAUACCGCAAAAACUUCCAGCAACUCCUCGAGGAGGACAAACAAAAGCCCAAUUACGAGAGUGCAGCGGCGCCAGCUCCCAAAAAGCCAGUGCGCCACUUCUGUGCGGUCUGCGGAAACUUCUCGCAAUAUUCUUGCACAGCCUGCGGGACGCGCUACUGCCGGGUGAAGUGCCUGCGCACGCACCAGGACACACGCUGUCUCAAGUGGACCGCCUGAACUUGGUUGUAAUAUUAGUACCUAAGCAAUAAAGUAUACAUAGAUUGUAGAUAUAUUGUACAUUAAAAAAUAGUCACGUUCUCAUUGAAUCGAAGGACUUUAUGUCUGAGCACCCGUUAUAUCACAAAUAACUCAAUAAAAACAUGUUCCCAUUCUCAGAAAAAAAUU